AUGCGUAUAAUUCUGCUGCUGUUGCUGCAAUUUGCUUCCUGGUCGCUUGGGGACCCGCGUACCGGACAUGGCUACGACACGAAGAGCUUCACCCAGGCGUACCUGGAGUGUCUGCAGUAUCUGAACAUUUGGAGCCAGCCGAUGCUGGAGUGCGACACGAACGUUUUGUCGAAUGGCAGCGGCAACUGUUUGUUACGCUGCAUCGGCCUGAACCUUCGCUGGUGGGACGACCAGACUGGUCUGCUAGAGCGUCCUCUGCUACCAUUCUUCCGCCAGCAGCCGAAUACAGAGAUGCUCACACAGGCUCGGGCCUGCGUUGCGAAGCUGGACAAUACGACCGCUGAACCUUGUGCGGGGGCGUACAACUCAUUUCGCUGCUACAGCGACGUACUCGGUGAGGUAGUCGCAUAUCCGGAGUACGUGGUACCUAGCAGAGAGGAAGCGGUCCAAAUCGUACGCCAUUGUGUUCUGGUGCUGCAGGUGCCGCCGGAGCAGAUCGCCAACUACAUGGCUGCCGGUUCGUUUCUGCUCGACGACAAAGGCACCAGCGUGCUGCGGUGUAUUGUCACCCGACUCGGCCUAUACAGCGACGGUGAUGGGGUGCUGGUUCAUCGGUUACGGCUCCUACAAAGCCCUGCAAGCCCGAUGUCUGACGCGGAAGUACGACUGGCUAAGCAGUGCGAAGCGAACGUGCGACAAACGCAUGCAGAUGCGUGUCACAUAGCAGCGCACUCAGUGGAGACCUGCUACGGUCGGGAGGCGUUCGCUGAGCUUUGGGCAACGAUAGCUGAUGAGUAUGGUCCUGUUGGAAUGCCUUUCCCAUUGGAAGAAAUCCUGCAGAACACCAACCAUUCGAGCGAGCAGGUCUAUGUGCAAGGAAAAGAAGAUGAAAAUGCAACGAUGAACGAAACACAACUCGAGGUACCCAACAACACUCACCAAACGACGUUGGACGAACCACGCGAAGAAGAAAGUGAUUCGGAGCAAGUAUUCUUCUAUCCAGCUAGAAAAGGCGUCUACAAUUCGGCAAUAUACCUCGACUCACCUCUUAAACCAGGAAUAUAUGUAGUUCCUGACCGCAACGGGGACGAUAGUGCCGAUCACACCAGCACCUCGGCCCUGGACGAUGGGUCCGAUGAGCACAUCGUGCCAGCAGUAAGUUCUCCAAAUGAGAAUACUUCACACCUGCCGACAUCAACUCAUGUUGAGGAAGACUCUCCGGAUCAAGCACCUUAA